UGUUGGGUUGGCGUCUUGGCUCCUCCUGUCAAGGUUUCAGGUUAGGUGCCAUGUGGUAAACAAUAAUCAAAAAAAUGCAAUUAACACACAAAAUGUCUUUCGAUCAAAGAAAAGUCGAGGCGAUUUUAAAAACCGAAAAUAAGUUUAUCUCAGAUUUAUUUUCAAUUUUGUCGUUACCCUCUCAUAACACUGAAGGCAGUGAAGAUGAGUCGGAACAAGCCGAAACGUCGCAUAAAAAACCGUUUAAGAAAAGUGAAAAAACGCGUGCAAAAUCAUUAAGCGAGUUACAAGACCGCCUGCACGCGAUAACAAGCAAGAAAAAACUGACCUAUAAAGAUAAAUUAGCCAAGAAAAGUCUGAAAAACCGUAUGAAAAAGAAGACCAAACAAGACGAAAGGAACGCCCAGCAAAAACUCCUGCGUGCACAAAAAUUCGUAAAACCUGAAGGUGAUUCGGUGAAACCUGCGAAACCUGUCUUUAACAGUGAGGGCAAAAUGGUGUUUUCUAAAUUCGAUUUUUCAAAUCUUGGCACAAAGAAAGAGAAAAAACAGGAAAAAGACCCAAAAAAAUUGCUCCAGAAGCUAGAGAAACAGAAGGAAAAAAUUGAGGAGUUGCAGGAGACUGGGGACAUUGAAAAAGUUGUCGAAAUUAAGGAGAAGGAAGCGUGGAAAAAUGCGUUGGCUAAAGCACAAGGGGAGAAAGUUAAGGAUGAUCCAAUUUUGUUGAAAAAAACCGUGCAAAGGCAGGAACAAAAAAAGAGGUCCAGUAAGAAGAAGUGGGAGAAGAGGAUGGAGAAUGUAGAGAAGGGGAAAAAGGAGAGGCAGGAGAAGAGGAGUGAGAAUAUUGAGAAGAGGAAACAAGAGAAGAAGAAGAAGAAAAUGAAAAAAGCGGUGAAGAAGGGGAAGAUCAUUCCUGGAUUUUAGGAUUUUAAGAUGUACAUUUUUCACUGUAAAAAAUAAAAUCAUUAUAAGUAAA